AUGCCAGAGACAGCCGAACUCGCCUCCGCUGCCAUGACCACCAACCGUAACUGCACGGUGGAAAUAACCAACCUCAGCACUGUCUACUGCCUCAUCAACCCCAAGGUUCAUAUGUCCAGUGGCUUCAAUUUUAACCCUCCCCAGCCCACGGUGCGCACCACCAAAACCGAAGUCUGCUCUUUCACCAAGGACGACAACACCGCCACAGGGGCGGUGGGGGUGCUGACCUACGAGCUGUUUAACAUGCAGUCCCGCAGCUGCAACGAGCAGGUCGCAGUCAUGUUCUCCGUCCCGUUCGACUACAACUUCUACAAGAACUGGCUGGGGGUGGGUGUUUUCGAACACACCAAGCCGUGCAAUGAAGCUCUGUUCAAACACAUGUACAAUUCAAAGGACUUCGGCGACUUUGCCCGAGAGGAGGCCAACGGUUCGGGUAUCGUGCACAGAGCAAGGGCAGUGGACGUGAGAGCCACCAUGAGUAAUGUGGGCAGGGCCAUCAUUAAAGUGGAGAUCUAUGACAGAAUGGGUUAG